UAAAUUAUCCGCCAUGUUGGACGAACCGCAUGCUCAAAUAUGCAAGUGAGUUUGUUCGAAAUUUAGCCAGGGGGAAUAGUCGUGAUUUAUUCACGGGUCAAUAUGUUUGUUCUUGAGGUCUUCGGCUCGUAAAGAAGGUCAAUAGAUUUAGAGGUGUAAUCCAGAUUGUAUUCCAGUAGAUUUUUGGGGGAAAAUUCCAUUCUCAACAUGAAGGGAAUUGUUGAAGAACCCACCGACACCGAAAGUGCUGGUUUUGGGUGCACGGUGGCAAACCGCUUUGGUCAUCUUUUAGACGACGAUGCCGACCCGUUCGACAUCAUUCGCGAGGCUCAGGUGGAGAAGCAGAAGAAAAAGAAGAAAGAUGAGACUAAAAAAACUGCCACUACAGAUAAACUUGUGAAGAAGGACUCUCAAAAGGACAGGAGAACUCCAUUGAGUGCAGGGGAAUGCGACAAUGCACACGUUAAAAGUUUACAGGGUUCGAAAUAUCCUCCUCAAGGUGCACUUGGCCAUCUAGAGGAGCGACGUGUUGGCUUCCGGGAUCGAAGGCAGAAUGACAGUGAAGCACCCUUAGGAUACUCUAUUGAAAGGCCUGUGGAUCAGGGUGAGCGUCCUGGAAGGGGCCGUGGAAGAGGAAUGCGUGGCGGGGGCAACAUAAGAUCCACAGAUGGCUUUGACCAGAGAGGCAAGAGGGAGUUCGAGCGCCACAGUGGCAGUGAUAGAACUGGUGUGCGGUCAGAGGAGAAGCGAGGGGGCAGUGGUCCACGUAACUGGGGAUCUAUGAGGGACCACAUAAGUGCGGUGGCUGAUGGGGCUGCGGCGACUGAGGGAGGUGACGGAGAUGAGGUGGCAGAGACUGGUGAAAAUCUCGCCCCUGAGAAUGAAGGCGAUGGGGAAGCAGUGGUGGAUGUUGCUGUGGAGAUGUCUCUGGAUGAGUGGAAAGCCCUGCAAGAACAGAACCGUCCCAAGAAGGAGUUCAACCUGCGCAAGGCUGAUACCAUUGUACCCUCUGACUCAGUGGUCAUCCACAAGUCCAAGAAACAGGUUGAGCAGGAGCAGGUUGAGUUUGAGGAGGAUGAUGCUGCAUCUCUCCGUCGCCCUGCCAAUGACAUCACAGCCAAGCUGAAGAUUGACUUUGGCAGCCUGGGACGACCCUCACGGGGGACCAGAGGAAGAGGGGGGGGUGGACGAGGUGGCCCAGCCACUCGGCCAGAGACCGUUUCUCCUCAGAAGCCUCCUGAAAAGGCUCAGGUCCAGCAGGGACAGGCACCAAACCCUGAUGACCCAGAGGACUUCCCUGCCCUGGCCUAAAGGAAGGGGUCAGCAUUAGACCAGAGCCCAGUCCAUUGGUGGACUGUCACCUGUACUGUGCCUUAGUGGAAUGAGCUGCACUUCCCAAGAGAAGUAACUCUUAUACAUCCCAAAGAACUGUAUAUAAAUCAGAGUUCAGAUGAAUGGCCUUUCAUUGUAAUGGGAAAUAUGAAUACUUGACCUGAUUAUAAUAAUAAAUGCACUGUUGACAUUGA